GCCGUUCCUGUUUGUGAACAUUAAUGAUACAGCGAAGAUCCAGUGCUCUUCCGAAAAACAAUUUUUAGCAGGAGGUAUGACAGCUCAGUGGUACAGGAGACAGGAAGGCGAGGCCCCCAUGUUAAUUAAGAGAUGCUCAGAUAAUCAAAAUGUAAGUAAAGUUGCUUGCAUAUCGGAAGGACACAACUUGACACUGGCAAUCUACAAUGCCGAAAGGAAUGACUCUGGGGUUUAUUACUGUACCGAUUCGUACAUCAUCUUCCUGACUUUUGGCAACGGAUCCACCCUGAUUGUUGGAGACAGUUACACCACCAGCAGUUGGGUGCUGCCUCUGGCUCCAUCUCCCCACAGCCUCCUCUCCCCCGGGACGGCUGAUCUGGCUUGUGUGGUCCAUGGAGUGUCCAACCCAGUCCAAAUUUCCUGGAGUAUUUCUGGGGAUCUGCAGGAACAGGGGCUGACGCGUUCACUGAAAGCAAAGGAUGGCUCCUUGGUGUUCAUAAAUCACAUCAGUGUCCCCGUGGCCACCUGGACCAGUGGGAAGAAUUUCACCUGUGAUGUUAAAUUCAACUCAUCUGGCAAGAGUGUUAAGAAAAUUGCCAGGUAUAUGGAAGCUUCCUCCACAGCCCCUGCCAGUGAGUGCUCACAUUACAUUGUGCCCCUUGCGGCUGGUGCUGGUCUGCUGCUGCUGGUGGUGUCUCUGAGCCUCGUCUGGACCCUCUGUCCUUCCACGCUAGGAUUCAAGCCCAGGAUCUCAGCAUCUCCAGCUUCAGAGGAGCACCAGGAUGGAAUCUUAUACACUCAUCUGGAUUUUGAUUCACGGAAUCGCAACGGGCGCACGAUGCAGCGACCAGCCAGAGGGAAAAGUGUAAACCCGUGAACCGUCUAUUGCAGGGGAAUCCACACGUGGGAACUGAUGGUUGGUUCUCUGCUGAUCAGACAUAGCAGCUGGAAGAAGGCUCUGUCCGUCUCCGUCUCCUUUCUUUUUUAUUUUCUUCACUUCUCUGUUUAGAAUAAAAAGCUCAGAAGAUCCCCACAGAGUCCAGCCUCAUGAGGUGGGAAAUCUCCUUUUGGGAUAUAAAGGCAUCAGGGUGUAGAUGACUUUACACAUCACAUGUGUAUUAGAUUGGAAGCUCUUUGGGGCAGGGACUGUCUCUUCGUUCUGUGUUUGUGCAGCACCUAGCACAAUGGGGCCUACUCCAUAACUGGGACUCUGGGUGCUAUGGUAACACAAUCAUCAUCAUCCUCCCCGCAUUUGCAGAGGGACCCGGACGCAGCUGAACGGCUGAAACUUCCCUGCACAAAGAGUGAGGCCGGAUGGCAGGAGCCUGCAGAGGGGACGUGCAGCCCUGUAUAUGCCACAGCUCCCAGCUCCCCUGAUCCUCAGCAGGCUCGUGCUACCUUUGCAGUAACGUUACAUGGACGUGCAAUGGGAUUGUGAAGGGGAAGGAUGGAUGCAGGAGGAGCUGGGAGGGAUGAGAAUCUCUCCCCAGGCCCGUGCGGGAGCUGCUAUUCCAGUUCAACCUAAACAGGCUGCUGCUUUACCCCCUGGGCGAGAUCCACAGGCCCCCAUGUGCCAGCCCCUCUGCCCCAUCUAACGGUAACAACACGUUAUCAAUGACUGGAGCUCUCCAAGGGCCUGAGCCUGCACGCGCUGCCUGUUUACAUCACAACUUGUUG